AAAGAAUAUACAAUGGGAGAUCAUCUCCGGCGGAGUUUUCCUUUUGCGACUCGGCGCUUUUUGGAUCCUCAGCCUUGUGUACCUGAGUUGACUCGAACCCAAUCCGAUUCCUCCGACUCCGGUGUUACCAUUCAGAGCGUCAGAGAUCCUACUGCAGAUGCACAACCGCAGGGAAAAACUAUGGUUUGGACAAAUGAGAAGCACAACUCUUAUCUUGAUUUCUUAGAAGCAUCAUUUGUUAAGAAGUUGCAUUAUUCUAAGAGUUUGCAUGGCUGUCACCAACAAAUGGGAAUGUGGGAACAAUGUCCAUUCUCACAGCAGCCACCAGAAGGGCAUCAUUCUUCUCAUCGGUUUUCAGUUCUACGAGAUGGCUAUGGCCAGAAGAUGAACUAUAAGAGCCAUGACCAUUUCUUGGAAAGCACAGCUGAAUCUGGUGCUGUCAUGGAAAGUCCAAGGUUAGGUAAGUUUACAUCUGCAGAAAAAACAAGCAUAACAUAUCCUGUUCCUAGAGAAACUGUGGUUCCCAAUGAUGGAAUCUACUUGGGAAAUAGUGCAAACUUUUCUUGCAAAUCAGCAGUAAAUUCAGAGCAGAAUCCCAUCAUUGAUUCAUGCAAUCACAACCUGGGUAGCUGCACCGCUGACGCCUCAGAUCAGAAUUUUGUGGAUGAAUACCAAGAAGAAAAGACUAGCUGUAUGUCGGGGGCAAAACGCUUGAAGAUGCAGACAGUGAUUAAUGCUUCAAGUAACAGUCUAGUUGCCCCAGUUGGCAAAUUGUUUGUUUACCGUAAUUGGAAUUACGGAAUUGUGUUUGUUUUACGUAAUUGGUUUUUCUGA